ACAAGAAAGGAAAUUCUUGGAUUUUGACCCAGCAAUAGUGAAAGAACAGCGAUUAUAGUUCCAAGAUCCUGAGCGGACUUGACAGGAUGGAUGCUGAAAGAACGUUUCCCCUUGUGGGAGAGAUUAGAACUAGGCAACACGGUUUUAAACUAAGGAGUCCCCUAUUUUAGAUGUAAGAAAUUUUUUCUCUCAGGUGGCCGUGAAUCUUUGGAACACUCUUUCUUAGAGAGCGGGGGAGGUAGGGUCAGCGGUAAAUGGAUUCUCGACUAACGAGGGAGUCAAAGAUUAUCGAGGGUAGGCAGAAUGUGGACUUGAGGCCACGAUCUGAUCAACCACUUAUUGAAUAGCGGAGCAGGCUCAAGGGGCUGAAUGGCCUACUCUUGCUUCUAAUUUAUAUGUUCCUAUGUAAGUUCGGACAUGUGGUGUAAGUCAGGAUAGUGUAUGGCUUGGAGGGGAACAGGUAUGUGUUAGUGUUCCCACGUGUCUGCUGCCCUUGUCCUCCUGCAUGAUAGAGGCUUGGAAGGUGGAGGCUUGGCAAGUUGCUGCAGUCUAUCUUGUAUUUGGUAAAAGAUGCAAAACCAAUAUGAGAAAAAGUUUUUCAAUCACUGAAUGAUUAAGGUUCGGAAUGCACUGCCUGACUGUGGUGGAGGCAUGUUCACUCAAAGCAGUCAAAAGGGAAUUAGACUGUUUUCUGAAAAGGAAGAAUGUGCUGGGGUACGGGGAAAAAGAACAGGUUGCUCAUUCGGAGAGCCAGUGUCAAUAUAAUGGGCCGGAUGGUCUCUUGCGCUUUAAUGAUUCUGUGAUAUGGUGCACAUUGCUGCCACUUUGCGUCAGUGGUGGAGAGAGUGGAUGUUGAAGGUGGUGGAUGGGGUGUCGAUCAAGCAGGCUGCUUUGUCUUGGAUGGUGUCGAGCUUCUUGAGUAUUGUUGGAGGGGCACUCAUCCAGUUUUUCAAUCAAGGGACAAAGGUGCUGUACCAAAGUAAUGACUCUGCUCAAGUCGUGAGGUUCCCUCAAAUGCAAACACUGAUGCUGCCUGCUGGAACAUUUAAGGGUAAAGUAGCCUUUAUCACUGGUGGAGGUACUGGACUUGGGAAAGGAAUGACAACUGCCCUGUCCUCUCUGGGUGCUGAAUGUGUUAUUGCAAGUAGAAAGCUGGAAGUUUUGAAGCAGACAGCCGAAGAAAUCUCAAUACAAACUGGAAACAAGGUUCAUGCAAUUCAGUGCGAUGUGAGAGAUCCAAAUUCUGUGAAGUCUACUGUGGAGCAGAUGUCUAAAGUGACAGGACUUCCUGAUGUUAUAAUAAACAAUGCUGCUGGAAACUUCAUCUCGCCCUCAGAACGACUUUCAGCUAAUGCUUUUAAAACAAUUACAGAUAUUGUUCUUAAUGGUACUGCAUAUGUAACUCUAGAAAUUGGAAAAGAAUUAAUUAAAGCAAAAAAAGGUGCAUCUUUCCUAUCUAUUACUACUAUCUAUGCUGAGACUGGAUCAGGAUUUGUGAUGCCUAGUGCCUCUGCAAAAGCAGGAGUGGAAGCCAUGAGCAAAUCACUUGCUGCUGAGUGGGGUCGAUAUGGCAUGAGGUUCAAUGUGAUUCAGCCAGGACCUAUUAAAACAAAGGGUGCCUUUAGCCGACUUGACCCAAGUGGUGUGUUUGAAAAAGACCUGCUAAAGAGAAUUCCAAUGGGCCGCUUUGGUACAGUGGAUGAAAUUGCAAACCUUGCUGCCUACCUCUGCAGCGAUUAUGCCAACUGGGUUUCAGGAGCGGUAAUAAGAUUUGACGGUGGUGAAUAUGUUUCAAUAGCUGGUGAAUUUAACAGUCUACAGAAGGUUACGAAUGAACAAUGGGAUGUGCUAGAAUCUCUGAUCAGAAAAACCCAAGGCUCCUAAGCAUGGCAUAAAUCUUGCAAUCAGCUGAGCAGAAUUUAAGACAAAAGCAAAAAAAUGCAGAUGCCUGCUGAGUUUUUCCAGGUAUUUUUGGUUUUGAGCAGCAUUUAAAAUCACAUCAAGAAUUUCAUGGCAGGCAACUUGAUCAUUUCAUUCAAGUAAAAGAGCUCUGGGUUUAUCUUGAUUUAUUUUAAUUCUUUUUUUAAAAGAAUUAUUUUGAAACCAACUGUAUGCUGAAAUAUCUUUAUAGAAAUUAUAUUAAUUUAUCACUGGUUAGAGAAUCAUAGUUUGACAUUUGCAAUAUUGCAGUUCUGCUAGUCUAAUCAGCCCAGCCAAAAGGCAGAGUGGAAUUGAGCAAUUCUGAAAAUGUUCUCAGGCAGCAUGUAACCAAAUAGUAGAGUCUUUAUUAUGUCCAUCACUAUAUCUGAUACUUGCAUGGUGCCAAGAGAUAGGAAUUGAAGAUGAUUCCUCAAAUUUGCAAAUUAACUUCUUUUGGACAUCAGGGGAUAUCAGAAAGUUAUAUUUACAGUGUGAUGUACAGUUCCAUUCAAAUGUGCCUUGUGACUGUUUGAAAAGUAACUUUUUAAAAACAAGAUUAUAGGGCCUUGAUAUUAGAUUUGGUAUAAUGAAUCCUUUAAUGACUGGUUUUAAUUUGGAAAUAACAGAUUAAAAGUGAGGUUAAAACCACUGCUCUAUGCACUGAUGCUACAGUGACCAUGUUAUAAGUAAAAAAUACCAUUAUAAUACAACAUGGAAAAGCGGCAUUAAAUGUACAGAUUAAUUGAAAUGGUGAAUGCCUUUAUGUUUGAUAAUGGCCAUUUGCCAGUUUGUUUAAGCUUUCCUAUCUGUUUGGUUUCCCAGUAUUUCAUGCAUUUUCAAACUGUUUCCUCAGUCUCUGAAUCCUCUGUAUAUCCAUGAUGUUUCCGAUCUACUUCGGUGUAUCCCAGAAGUAGGCAAAGAAUGAACAGAACUAAAAUCUAAAUAAAAACAACCAGAUACAAUCGAAUAAAUAGGGAAAGAAAUUAAAUGGGCUUUAACUUAAUACUCAUUAAUAAAUUAUGUAGUACCAAAAAAAUCUUCAACUCCAAUUUGAUUUUACUUGGCUUGCAUUUUGUUUUCCAUCUAAGUUAAAGUAUUACAUAUUUUUUAAAAGUACACCUUGCUCAAAAGAAACAUAUAUAAUGACUAAUGGAAAUCCUUUAUGGGGUUGAUUUUAACACCUUUAGUUGUAAACUGUGGCAGUUACACAGUGUAUCUUUAUACCUUCAUUGCAUUUAUUAAACAAUCUUUUCAACAAUUUUGUGAACAUUUAAUAUAAACCCUUCUUUCAGUGCUAGACAAAAACAGUUGUUUUUAUGCUGCAUUUUCUAUUAUCAGUUUCAGUAGUAUACUUUAUUAUAUGAACUCUGUAGAUACAAAAGCAGUAAAUUACAAAGAGUAUAGAUACAACAGAUCCGAAAGAAUGUGCUGCACAUUCUACUGAUUAAUCUAUAUGCAAUCAGUGAACUUUACAGGUGGAAGGAAAGCAUAUCCUACACCCUUUUAGCACACAGCUAUCGUCACACAAAUCACAAGCACAUGAGAAUGCAAGAUAUUUAAAAUUCUUCAGCACAGAGGAUUAAUGCCAGAUCUUUCCGAAAGAGUUUCCCUCCAUCAGACAAAGCCAUGAUGCUUUUCUUGUAUGUUGUAAGAUUUUGAAUGUCUAGGUCCUGAAUUUAUAAAAAUAGAAAUCAUCGUUAACUAAAUUCUAAGAACAACCUUUCAAAAUAUGCCUUCAUUUUGUGCAUCACAUUAAAAUGAGUGUUUUUUAAAUGUU